AACUCUGAGACUUGUAACAUUGGGUUACAGUGUAGCAAAAUGGCGACUGUCAUUCAGAAUCCACUUAAAGCGCUGGGUGACCAGUUCUACAGGGAAGCAAUCGAACACUGCCGAAGCUACAAUGCCAGGCUAUGCGCCGAACGUAGCAUCCGCCUGCCCUUUCUGGACUCCCAGACCGGUGUGGCGCAGAACAACUGCUACAUCUGGAUGGAACAGCGCCACCGUGGGCCAGGAGUGGGGGCAGGUCAGAUGUAUACCUACCCCGCCCGGUGCUGGAGGAAGAGGAGGAGGAUGCACCCCCCCGUGGACCCCCAGCUGCGACUGUGUGAGCUCCGACUGGAGGCGGAGCUUGCGCAGAAGAAGGAGGCUCCGCCCGCAGAGAGCACCACGCUGGAGGCUCUGCUGAGAGGAGAUGGGCUGGAGCGGAAGGCACACAGCAACGCUAAGGAGGAGGAGAGCCUGCUCGAGAUACAGAGGGUUCUGGAAGCUGAUGAAAAUGGGGACGGUUUCCUUGAUGAUGAUGACUAUGAAGUGGACGUUCCGAAAAGGAAGCACAGGUCCAAGGGCCGGGGCCGUGGUUCAGGACGACGGAGGGCAGAGGCGGCUUCCAGUGAUGACCAGGACAAGCCCUACGUCUGCGACAACAGAUACAGACAAAAGCAUAACUCACAUACUGCUGGCUCAGUCUGCGGGAAGCGCUACAAGAACCGUCCGGGUCUGAGCUACCACUACACCCACACCCACCUGGCCGAGGAGGAGGGAGAGGAAGAGAGGGACCCCGAGCCGCCCUCACCCCCGUACCACCCCGACAACCACAAACCUCACAAAGGCCCUGACGGGACCGUCAUUCCCAACGACUACUGUGACUUCUGCCUGGGCGACUCGGACUCCAACAGGAAGACCGGCCAGGCAGAGGAGCUGGUUUCCUGCUCAGACUGUGGCCGCUCCGGCCACCCUACCUGCCUGCAGUUCUCCGACAGCAUGAUGCAGGCUGUGCGUACCUACCACUGGCAGUGCAUCGAGUGCAAGUCCUGCAGUCUGUGCGGCACAUCUGAGAACGACGAUCAACUCCUAUUCUGUGAUGACUGUGACCGUGGGUACCACAUGUACUGCCUGAAGCCCCCUAUGACCCAGCCUCCCGAAGGGAGUUGGAGCUGUCACCUAUGCUUAGACCUCCUGAAGGACAAGGCCUCCGCAUUUAUUGGCCCUUAGUGCCGCCGCACCAGACUGCUACUGACACAGUGAUAUUGACACACACCACACCGCAGGGGAUUAAAAAACUUAAAUUAUCUUUGUGAUAACAUGGAGCUUGCAGUUGUUUAAAUAGUUAGCAUAUCCACUGUUAUCUGUGCCAAGUACCAAUAGGUAGCCAAGAUAUUGCAAUAACACUCACAAAGAAUUGUUGUUACACACACACACACACACACACACACACAUAGACACUAAUUUAGUGUUAUUUUGGCUCUCUGUAACACAUAGAGCCUAAUUUCUCUUGAAAAGUGAGUAUAUGAAGAGACAUCUUUGGCACUUACCACAUAAUGGGGGCAUACACAUACUGAAAUGAUCACACAGUGAGCACACAUUGACCUCAAACUGAUUGUACAUCAGUCACACAAAAACCAUAAAGUUACCUCAAAUUGACCGGGCACAGGGUUGCUGUGGUCUGUCCUUUCUGUUUGGCACUAUUUUUCUUUUUCUAUCAAUAUAGCAUCGAUGCUAUCAUUCUCAUCUUAUUCGGUUGAGUGUACUGUGCAUUUGUCUGGAGUGACUUAUCCGACAAGAAAGAGCGUGUAAAACAUUGGCCUGGGAACAUUAGUGGAAUGAGCACCCCCAUGUAUUGAACAUGUGAUUUUGACUAGUAUCCUUGUUUUGUUACAUACUGUGUGUUAAAUAUUUUGAGUCCAUCUCAUAGGGGGGGGGAGCACAGACAAUGACUGACCAAGUAUCUCAUCAUGAACAGAAGACAUGACAACACAAACAUUCUUGUGCUCUCGCCGGCAAUGCUGAUACUUAAAAUAUUGUAUGUACUGUAUGGCCCAUGUACUGUACAUCUACCCACUUCAGUUCCAUAUUUAAAAUCCAGUGAUAGCUUUUUGGCUUGUGUUUAACAUAGGCCAAAAAUGCAUGACUUAACAGUCUCCCAAUCACAUACAUUAUUGGCAUUUGGCAGACGCUCUUACAAUACAACAUACAAGCCCAUAUGCUGGUUGUCCCUGUAAAUAUGUGUGCUAUGACAUAGUCUCUUUAUGUUUCUAGCUGACAUUUCCCAACAUGCAUUUACAAAUACGUAUACGUAUUUAAGUUAGGAAGGAUGUGUUGAUUUGUUAAAGGUAUGCUCUGGGCUGUUUAUAUCAAUUAUUUGUAAACUGAGGUUUGGAUAACCAAAAACCUAUGGGGGAUGGGGGAAAAUGAAUUAUAAUUUGUUUCUUUUUAGUUGUUUAAUCUGUUCUUGAAAAUCUAAUAUAGAGCGCAAAAUUGUUGUAACAAACUGGAAAUAGAUGAUAACUAUUGUGUUAUGACAAUCAUGGGGUAGAAUGAAACAGAUUAGUAUUGUUUUAGCUGUUCAUAUCCAGCUUCUUAGCCAGCUCCAAUCACCAGCUGACUACUUGUCAUUUUUAAACCUAAAUGUAGACAUUUUGUAUUUGUGACCUAGGGCUUUGUAGCAUGUAGGAAACCAUUUUCAUUGUUUUCAUUAUUUUUAUGCUAUUAUUUUGGUAUUUGAUACAGGAAAUGCCUGCAUGUAGAAGUAUUCAUGGCAAUGGGUCUGGUUGACUGGUCUCACUGUACACACCGCUCUGAAAUAUAUCUGCAUUUAACCUUUAUUUAAACAAGAGAGUAAUCUCACAUUAAAGUCUCUUGGAAGAGAGGCCAAAAGGCUUCAAUGACACUGAAAUGCUGCACCAAAUUGUGGAUUCUACUCCUCAACAGAGGUAAAAAGUCCAGGGGUCAGAAAGUAAAAGUCCUGCCAUGUGUUUCUUCCACCCAUGAACCCAUUUCACUCAUUAGUUCUAACGUAAACUGUGUUCCGAACAGAACAUGGGGAAGCGGCCACUAUCGCCAGAAAUUAAAGCCCAUUCAAUAAUAGUUUGUUUCAUGAGGAAUGUGGUUUAUGAUCUUGGUUGCUUAUUGACCAUCUCAGACACUAAAACACUUUGAUGACUGUGAAUUGGACCAAUAAUUAUAGAGAAACAACAAAUAACUGCACAAAUAACUGUGAUCGGAAGACCGUGUUAGCCCACAAUGGUCUGAACGCCACCGUAUAAGCCUGCCUGGUUCAUAGUCUCUCAUUAGCAAGAGCUUCCCCACCACGAUGUCACAGUGGAGCACUAUUACCAUGUCACUGUAUGCUGAAAUGGAUCGCGAAUGCGACUGUUUGGAACAUGGUGAGCUAACUUGGUGUUCAGAACACGGUGAGUUUACGUUACCUCCUGGCUGAAGAAUUGUACCAAUUUGCAAAUCCAGGUGGUUGGAACAAAAUAAUGGGGAGGACUUUUACUUUCUGGAUUUUACACCUUUGGUCCUCAAUCUUUAUCACAACCUUUGACCCUAGCAUCGUGUUACCUCAGAUAAGGCUGUGCUUUUGUGGUCUUGCCCCACGAGAACCAGUAAAGUUCUCAGAAGCAUGACCUAGGCUCCUAGACUGUUUACCGUGAGACACAGAAUGGAUGCUUCUGUGGCUCACUCUUGUAGCUCUUGUCCUGGAAAAGUCCUUGCAGGCUGUCGAAGUAAAAACUGAUCAUGCGAGAGACCCUGGAAUCUGUGGUUUGAGCUUUUCUCUCUCCUUUCUAGGUCUGGAACCAUGUUCAACCAGAUGGUAAACAAUUGAGUACAAUUAUACAGUCAAAAGCCUGCAGUGUUCCUUGACUGAGAAAACAGGACUGACUUUAAGAGGGCAAUACUGUUGUUUCACAUCAGAAACCACAUUCAUGUGCAAACCCUUAAGUAUUUGUUUACUUGCUAUGUGUAUAAUAUUGGAAUGCAAAUAAAAACAGGGUGUGUCUGUGUAACUGAGAAAACUCAAAGGUGCAGUGGUUUUACUAGAGUGUAACCACUUCCUCUUGCGAUUUGUUG